AUGGGUCAACAAUACUCUCAGCCCCGGCCAGGUACCAAGCUUCAAGUCAUUGGCGCUGGUCUUCCCCGCACCGGGACUGCAUCGAUCAGUCGAGCGCUGGAGAUUCUUCUCGACGGUCCGGUAUAUCAUGGUGGCACACAAGCAUUUCUUGGCCCCGAAAGAGAGAUCAAAACAUGGAUUCAGGUGCUGAAUCAGUGGAGGCCAGAAGCCAUUUCCAUAAAGCACUCCAAUCUAGAUCUCAUCAAAGAACGCGUUGACGGAUUCGUCGCCAUCACUGACUCGCCUGGGUCAAUACUUGUGCGAGAAUUGAUGGCAAUUUACCCAGAAGCCAAAAUCAUCUGCACCGUCCGCGAUGUCGAAGCAUGGGAACGGAGCAUGGCUACCGUUAGUACCAAAUCAACACAGUGGUUCCUGCGCUUCGUCCUCUUCCCUCUGCCCUCAUUACGAUACUUUGUCGACUACAUCAAUGCGCUGCGCCAGCAGUGGUUUCUGAAGUUUGGAGAAACGGAGCCAGUGACGAGUAGCUCAUACAACCAGCACAUCACCUGGCUGAAGGAAAAUGUGCCGGAGAAUCGCUUGGUAUUCAUAGAUGUUCGCGAUGGCUGGGAGCCGCUGUGCAAGGCAUUGGAUCUACCAGUCCCGAAAGAUGUCCCUUUCCCAAGGAUCAACGAUAGCCAAGCUAUUGACAGCUUUGCAAAGAAGCACGUUAACCGAGGAUUAGCGAGGUGGGGAAUGAUAUUGCUUGUCAUCGGGGCGAGCGCGUGGACUUUGUUCUGGUAA